AUGGAAGGCAUCAUCCACAGUUGGCAUCUCAGGCAGAACUCAGGAGGCCUUGUAAAUCCAGCUAGUUCAAAAGAAAAUCCUGGACUUGAUUCUUCACAAAUACAAGUUUUUCCAACAUUUACAUAUUCAAGCGUCAAAGAUUUUCGACGUGAAGAAUGUGGACUUGAAUGUGCUAUUUGCUUGGCGGAAUUUUCUGAUGAUGAUCUACUACGCCUUUUAACGGUUUGCUACCAUGUUUUCCACAAAGAAUGCAUCGAUCUUUGGCUUGAAGCUCACAAAACAUGUCCUGUUUGUCGUAGAGAUCUCGACUUGCCUAGGGAAACAUUGGAAAAGACUCGGAUACGAGACCACAGAGCGGACAUUAAUGUGCAUCAUGAUACUAAUGAAACAAAUGCGUUGCUAGAGCACGUUAUUAGCAUUCAUGUUAGAGAAGAUAGCGGCGAGGAAGAUAGAGGAGGAAAUAGCGGAGGAAGAUCGACUCGUGAGGCGGACAGACAAAACGAAGGGCAUGAAAAGAUGUUGGGAUUGUCAAGGUCACACUCGACAGGGCACUCAAUAGUUGCAACUAGAGAAGAAGAGAAUAGGUAUACCUUGAGAUUGAUGGAGCAUGUGAAGGUAAAAAUUACAAGGGGACAUUGUGCAACAGGAAGUUGUAUUACAUUUGGGGACUACUCAAGCCCUAUGAAUGAUGGCUAUGGAGAAUUCUCAGGAUGGUCCCACGGAGGCAUCAAAAGAGAAUAA